AUGCCGAGGGAAAUCAUCACCCUGCAGUGCGGGCAGUGCGGAAACCAAAUCGGAGUGGAGUUCUGGAAACAGCUAUGCAACGAACAUAACAUAGACAAGGAGGGAAUACUGAAAAACAAUAACUACCUAAAUGAAGACCGCAAGGAUAUUUUCUUCUAUCAAGCAGAUGAUGAACACUUUAUCCCAAGGGCACUGCUCUUCGAUUUAGAACCUAGAGUUAUUAAUAGCAUUCAAGCUAGCGAAUAUCGAAACCUGUACAAUCCAGAAAAUAUGUUCAUUUCGAAAGAAGGAGGAGGAGCAGGGAAUAACUGGGGGUGUGGAUAUAGUCAAGGACAUAAAGUGGAAGAAGAAAUUAUUGACAUGAUAGAUCGGGAGGUAGAUAAUAGUGAUAACUUGGAAGGGUUUAUAUUAUCUCAUUCGAUUGCAGGAGGGACUGGUAGUGGUAUGGGUAGUUACUUACUUGAACUUCUCAACGAUAACUAUUCGAAGAAGGUAAUACAAACCUUUUCUGUUUUUCCUCUCCUGACGAAUGAGAGCAGUGAUGUAGUAGUGCAACCCUACAACAGCAUCCUGACUUUGAAGAGGUUAAUCCUAAGCACGGACAGUGUAGUGGUUAUUGAUAAUACAUCCUUGAAUAGGAUUUUUGUGGAUCGAUUGAAGUUAAAUAAUCCAACCUUUCAACAAACUAACACAAUAAUUUCGAAUGUCAUGUCAGCUUCUACCACAACGUUGAGAUAUCCUGGUAGUAUGAACAACGACAUGAUAAGCUUAAUUUCAUCUCUCAUAAUAAAUCCAAAAUGUCAUUUCCUUGUUACUUCUUACACACCUAUUACCAUCGAUAAGCAUCUCUCAAAUGUACAAAAAACGACAGUGCUAGAUGUCAUGAAGAGACUACUCCACACAAAAAAUAUCAUGGUUUCGGUACCAGUUAGGAGAGGGAUGUAUAUUUCUAUUCUUAACAUCAUCAGAGGUGAAACUGACCCUACACAGGUACAUAAAGGGUUACAACGAAUACGAGAUAGGAAGUUGGUUAAUUUUAUUAAAUGGAAUCCUGCAUCUAUUCAAGUAACUUUAGCCAAACCAUCUCCUCAUGUAGUCUCUACUCAUAAGGUCUCUGGUCUUAUGAUGGCUAACCAUACUUCCAUUUCGACUCUCUUCGAACGAUGUGUUACUCAAUUUGAUAGACUUUUUAAGAGAAGGGCCUUUUUGGAAAAUUAUAAAAAGGAACCCAUGUUUAGCAGUGCGGACGGACAGGGAAACUUCGAGGAGAUGGAGUCCUCCAAGGAGAUCACGCAAAACUUGAUUGAUGAGUAUAAGAGUGCCGAGCGGGACGACUACUUCAGCCACGCCUACCUUUAA